GCAAGCUGGUGCGAUUUGAACACGCCUGCUCGUUUCCGCUUGUAGCGAGCAACUUCUAGACGCUUAUUGUGGCUAGCUACUGACAGUACUGCUGAGGGGUGUGGAUGCAUCUGUAGCCGACAACAUCGUGUCUCCCUACGAGUCAGCAAUAUCGCCGCUAGAGCCUUCCUCCUAAAAUUAUGAGAUUGUCUGCCGCAUUUCGUAACGCCUGUCGUGGUUUUCCCACUGGAUCGGUGAGCCGGUCUCGGACCGGUGUCAGGGUUUUUGCCCCAAAAGAAAGAUCGGUGCCGGUAGGUAGCAGCGACCUAUUUGCCCGGGCUGGCAGCUCCAGUAGCGGCGCUGGGUCGUCGGGAGCGGCAGUCAAGUUCGGAAAACUCAGUGAGCAAGCGGCCGCUUCGUCGUAUGACAUUUCCCUCAGGGAGCUCAUACAGAGGUCCCGGGAUGAUAUCGCGUCUUUACAGAAACGCUACCCCACGGUCAAGCCUGUACUCGCCAUCAUUCAGGCGGGAGAGGAUGACGCCCUGUUGGAGGUCAACAAGAAGAUGGCUGGGAAGAUCGGGUUGGAUGUCAUCCAGAUUAGUCUGCCAAUGGAAUGCACUGAAGAUGAGAUAAUCGAGGAGGUGCUGAAGCUGAACGAGGACUGCAAAGUGCACGGCGUGGCUCUGCACCUCCCCCAGGCCUCUCUCACCCGCCGCGUGCUCAACUCUCUGAAGCCGGAGAAGGACGUGGACGGCGUGACAGACCUGAACAUCGGGAGGCUCGUCCAAGGAGACGUGACGGCGAGUUUUGUCCCGCCGGUUGCCGGCGCUGUGGUGGAACUUCUCGGGAGACACGAUUCAUCCGUGGAGGGCAAGAUGGCGGUGAUCGUGGGGGAGAACAGAGCCCUGGAAUUGGCCCUGCAGGUCCUGAUGCAGGCGAGGGGAAUGGUGGUGGUCAGUAGUGCGUGGAACGCGGAAAGUCUGCAGAAACAGGUCCUGCAGGCCGAUGUGGUCGUGCUGGCCAGCGCGGGACGGGGGAGCCUGCCCCCCGCCUGGGUGCGCCCUGGGGCGGCCGUCAUCAACUGCGGCCCUGCUUUAGUGUCAGAGGAGCUCCGGCCGGCGGGUAUGGCGGUGGAGAUGUCUGUAGCGGCAGGAGUGGGCUCUUUGGCCGCAGCUCUGAGGAUCCAGGGCACGCCGGUCUUCGUCCACGCCGGCCCCUUCGCCAACAUCGCCCACGGCAACUCGUCCGUCCUGGCCGACAAGCUGGCCCUGAAGCUGGUGGGAGAGGACGGCUUCGUGGUGACGGAGGCGGGGUUCGGGGCCGAUAUCGGGAUGGAGAAGUUCUUCAACAUUAAGUGCCGCUCCUCGGGCCUGAGGCCCCACGUGGUGGUGCUGGUGGCCACCGUCAGGGCCCUGAAGAUGCACGGCGGGGGUCCCAACGUUAGUGCAGGAGCCCCUCUGCCCAGAGAAUACAUCGAUGAGAACCUCGGGUUGGUGGAAGACGGCUGCAGCAACCUGAAGAAGCAGAUCGAGAUCGCCGGGCUGUUCGGGGUCCCAGUGGUGGUGGCGCUGAACGUGUUUAAGACGGACACGGAGGCCGAGGUGGACCUGGUGUGUCGGGUCGCUAAGGACUGCGGGGCACGGGACGCGGUGGCGUGCCACCACUGGGCGCAGGGGGGCAGGGGGUCGGUGGAGCUGGCCAAGGCCGUCCGAGACGCCACGCUUCAGGAGAGGGGCCACUUCCGCUUCCUGUACGACCUGCAGAUGCCCAUUGUGGAGAAGAUACGGACCAUCGCGCAGAAAGUCUACGGCGCGGACGACAUCGAACUGUCCCCCGAGGCCGAAAGCAAGAUCGCCUAUUUCACUGAGCAGGGGUUUGCGUCUCUGCCCAUCUGCAUGGCGAAGACUCACCUGUCCCUCUCUCACAUGCCGGACAAGAAAGGCGUGCCCACCGGCUUCAUCCUGCCAAUCCGGGACGUGCGCGCCAGCAUAGGGGCGGGGUUCAUCUACCCAUUGGUCGGGACGAUGAGUACGAUGCCUGGCCUGCCAACUCGGCCCUGUUUCUAUGACAUCGACCUGGACCCAGUCACAGAGGAGAUCACUGGGCUCUUCUGAGGGGACCCCCACGUUGUCAUAGUUAAGCAGAGCCUUGCCCCCCACCUGGCCAGCUGCUCACCUGCGGGAAGAACCUGGGAGCGUUGGACCUGAAACCACCACGACGGAUAUUACGCCAUUUUAAAUUCCCCACCCAAUUCACAGGGCAGCGUUCUCCACUUCCCGCUGUUAAAAACACACACCUGUCAGACAAAUACCUGCAUGCCUCUCUGCUCUAGGUUACCGGCAUGUUCCGCUGGGCUGUGGCUUGUCACGGCCUUAAAGAGAAAACUAUACGCGCCAUAGCCCAGAAACAACACAGCAUUGCAGAGUGAAGACAACAAUGUAUGCUUUUUGACUUUCUAUUGGGUUUCUUUUAUUUUCCUGAGUGUUCUUUUAUUUUCCUGGCUUAGCUAAGCCAUUUUAUUUCAAUAUUUUAAUAUUUUAAUUUAAUUUUAUCUCAUCAUUCUUUGUUCAUCCUGUAUGCGGAUGACAUACUUUAACAAAGCGUUUGUACUAAUCUACUGAAGUCUUAUUAGUGUUGUGCACCAAAGAUUAAUAUGAAUGCAUUCAUGUUGGACUGUGUAUACACACACACGCCUAUCCCUAUGAGCAUCUUAAAGACACUACAAUUACUUCUGAAAUGUUUGGUCGCAUUGAAGCGGCCGUUAUAAACACGCACAGAAACUCCUCGGUUGCUUCAGUGAAACAAAAACUCGGUCCUUCGCUCAGUAUUUCGUCGCGAGUCACCUUAAUCACCGGUGUCUUAAAACAAAACACAAAUUUGUUGCUUCGUGUUUUUAAAAACAAAAACUUAAAAAAAAAAAACAGAAGAAGCUACGUUUCCUGGGACGUCGUUGUUCACACGUAAAGCGCGAGUCCCUUGGGGCAGCGGCUAACCGGAAUGUAAAAACAAGGUAAAAAAAAACUAAGUCAGCCGUGUUGCGGCGCUACCUGUCAUUAACGGAUGUUUUUCGGCUUCUCCGGACCCUUGUCUAUACACGUACCCAUUUCUGACAUUCCGCCGCUGCUGUGUCCAUUAGCAAAUGUUUAAGUACAGUGUAUGAUACAGACCUGUCGUUUGUGUGGUUAGCCAGGUAGCUAGCACUGGCGGUUGAAAAGAAUACGCAUUGUAUACGAGGUCAGAGUGUUCCUUUAUUUAUGUGCAAUACUUGCCAUGGAUUGUAUUAGAGGCAAGUGGAUCAACAUGCAUUUAAGAUAUUCUGCUUUUGCACUGAAAACGAGUGUGAUUUAACUACUUUGUUUGUUUUUUUACAGACCCCCCCCCCCCCCCCAGUCCUAAAAUGUUUACAGACCUAUGAUAUCAUCUUUUUCACUGAAAUGUGAAGCUUAUGUCAUGACGGCUGCUUUUCCCAGUGUACUAACUGGACAUAAGCCGUCAUGACAUAGCCAGCCUUAAAUUGUUCAGGGAUUGCAUAUCCUCAAACUCAAAGCUUGGUCUUUCAAAUGUUCUUAUUCAGUACCAAGGACAGAUCCAGAAUAUUAUUUUUCAGACUCAUUUCUUGAUGCACCUACGGUCAUCAUUUUCCAGUGUUCAAAAUCUCUUCUUUGUCUCCUCCACCAUUGUUACACUUUUCAUAAUGCCAUUGUGAAUGACGAUCGGUUAUGAAAUACAUUG